AUGGACUAUGCCAUGAAGUCUCUCAGCCUUCUGUACCCCAAGUCACUGUCCAGGCAUGUGGCAGUGAGCACUGCCGUGGUCACCCAACAGCUGGUGUCUAAGCCCAGCCGGAAAGCCCCCAGGGCGAGGCCCUGUCGAGUUAGCACAGCAGAUCGGAAGGUUCGCAAAGGCAUCAUGGCUCACAGCCUGGAGGACCUCCUGGGCAAGGUAAGAAAUGUCACCAAAGUUCUCUUCCAGGUCCAGGAUAUCUUGAAGCUUAAAGACAAGCCCUUCUCCCUGGUGCUGGAGGAAGACGGCACGGUUGUUGAGACUGAAGAAUACUUCCAAGCCCUAGCAAGAGAUACUGUAUUCAUGGUCCUGCAGAAGGGACAGAAGUGGAAGCCCCCGUCAGAACAGGUGACAAGACCCCAGCAAUCCCUUUCCCAGAAGCCCACUAAGAAGAUCGACGUGGCCCGGGUGACCUUCGACCUGUACAAGCUGAACCCUCAGGACUUCAUCGGCUGCCUGAACGUGAAGGCGACCCUCUAUGACACAUACUCGCUUUCCUAUGACCUGCACUGCUACAGGGCCAAGCGCAUUGUGAAGGAAAUGCUCCGCUGGGCCCUCUUUAGCAUGCAGGCCACAGGCCACAUGCUGCUUGGCACCUCCAGUUACAUGCAGCAGUUCCUGGAUGCCACUGAGGAAGAACAGGCUUCCAAGGCCAAGACCUCCUCCCUCCUCCCCGCCUGUCUGAAGAUGCUUCAGUGAAGACCUAAGUCCUCCGAGGCCUUCCCCAGCCAAGGAUGUGACGGGGGACCCUGCACUCUGCUUAGACGCACCCACAAGCCUGGCAGCUGGAGAGCGUCUCACCCACCUGCACCUCUCUCACAGCACCAAGGAAACCGCAGGAAGGGCUGGAGCCCUAGCGUGGGCUUGUCACAGGAGAACUUCCUGGCCGGGCCCAGUUCCUGCCUUCCUGUCGCAGGUAGCUUUAGGGGACCAGCAUUUGUCCCUGGCAGGCUGUGGCACAGAGUCUGCCACUCUGUCUUCACAUGCUACCCCUAUGUGCCACUCCCUCUCUGCUGUCCCCUCCCGCCUUGACCUGGACCAUGCUCACCAUGCAGCAGACACUGCUGUGGUGACCUCCAGAAUACUUUGACGUCACCAAAGACCACAAGAUGAACCCCGCAGUGACAGCAAGGCCUAUGGUUAUGGUGUGGAAAGAGUUAACACUUUGUAGUAGAAGAAAAGGAGUGGGGAUCGGGGGGCCUCUCUCCUGAAAUCCUAGUCAUUCCUCCCUCCAGCCCCCCAGCUGUCCAUGAU